AUGAUAUGUUGCCUGCCGUUUUCCACCGCGCCGGGAAGACUAUUAUUUCUUUAGCCAAGUUCCUCGGUAAAACACGUUCCACCGGGUACCGGAGGUAAUGUUGAUUGCCAGCGGGCAACUUCGUAGCUUCAUACGUUAGCCGGCUUGAAACAGCCCCUGUUGUACUCCGGUGUUUACGGAUACCGUAAAAUAUCUACCGGAAUCGAAUCGUUUGUUCGCGGAUCGUGGUUUUCCUGCAUUUGCUAUGAUAGCCUGUGAAACAGUGUGGUUACAAAGUGAAUGGAAACAAUACACAGGACUGUUGAAUACUUUGGUCGUGGUUUUUAAGUUAAAAGGCUGCUGCUGACCUCGACCUUUGUUAGAAUUCGCCCCAUAAACCCCAAAAAGUUGUCUAUUGUGUUUAUCUCAUCCACAACAACGGACAGAACCAGGGCACCAUGAGUCAUUCAAGAAGCUACAAUUACUACGAGGGUUCUAGGUCCCGCAGUCGCGAACGAAAGUACCGGCGAGACUACAGAGAAGAGUCGGAACGAUAUAACGUACAAUCUUCAUCGUCUAGCCAUGCGCCGACGGAUUACAGUGCCUCAAGAUACCGGAGAAGUUCGCAUCAACGGAGCUCGCACUACCAUGACCAUCCUUCCUCGUCUUCAGGCUGCCCCUCUUACGCACAGUCCGGGAAAGUCGUACUGGCCGUGUUCAAUCUAAGCAUUUACACGACCGAAGCGGAGUUGUACGACAUAUUCUCCAAGUUUGGCCCGCUCCGAAAGACAACUGUUGUAUUGGAUGCAAAGACCGGUCGGUCACGAGGAUUCGGAUUUGUGUACUUCGAAAGCGCCGAGGAUGCCAAAGUGGCCCACGAUCAAGCGAAUGGCAUAGAAAUCGGAGACCGAAGGAUACGGGUCGAUUUUUCGGCCACGGAAAAGCCUCACGAUCCUACCCCGGGCGUUUACUAUGGGAAAGUUUCGCACCCGAAGGGCGGAUUCGGUGGACAUCCUGCGGGGCAUCCUGGCAUGUCAUCCGGCGGAGGGUAUCAUCACUGUAGGGCGUGCGAGGUGGAAGCACGGGACCGGGAACGAUGGGAACGCGAGACCCGAGCAAGGGACCAUUAUUAUUACGAUAGCUACUCGUCGCACGAUCGCAGCCGGGACCGUUCGUCUACGGGCCGGUCUGGACGGGGCGACUACUAUCGGGGCGGAACCAGUAUUCGCUGACAGUUCCCAUCCCAGCCGGGACAGUUAUCGAUGUAACGAGUUAUGAGUGAACGAGGGAAGGAGCGUAAACGUUAUCCUUUUGCGCCGACACAAUCACGAACAAAAGAGAACGAAGGUAAAAAAAAACUAGCUAAGCUAUGCAAAUCGAUACGGAGCAGGGAAAAACCAAAACUGGACAGGAAAAGUUGUGGUUUUGAGAAUAAUUUGCUAUGCAGAAUGCGGGAAAUCAUAUCCAUAGGACAUUGCACGAUGCCCAGUUUGCACAAACGCGAGAUACAGACUCCGGAUGCUGAUCAUCCCUCCUUCUUGCCCCGUUCUAGCGAGCCUUCCUUUGAUUUCUGCACCGGCCGACAGAAACAGGUUUCAAUCGCUCUGCAAAAUGUCCUUAGGCAAAGAAAAAACCAACAUGUAAAGACAACGAUCAAGAAGGGGAGGGAAAAAUAAGGUAGCAUGCAUGCGGAACCCUUAACGCACGCCGUCUGGAACUGGAUUCCUAUGGAGCGUAGUGUGCAGUUGUUUCAGUUUUUCUUUUAAAAAUCAUUCUUUUAUGCUCCCUCCCAAACAAAAACGUCCCGUUGCUAGUGAUCAGUUUAGCAAGUAAUGGUUUCUAUUUAACUGCCUCUAAAAUAAGUUCGUCUUUUAAGCGUUAAAGCUGAAAGACUGUUGUUUAGAAGGAUGUGCGUUUUAAUUCGUUAAUGUUUCGUUUCCAAGCUUUCUAAAAGGGCCGUUUCAUAUUGUAUAGGGAUGUUGUAAAAAUGAGGUAAACCAGUGUGGAAAUUAUUAGGAAAUAAUUAAUUUCAAUAAAAGAUUUUAUAAA